AUGACAGGAAACAUUCCGCAAUACAACUCAGAAAAUGUUUUAGAUGAUGAACUAGGCCAGUUCAUUUCUGUCGUGAAUGAUACGCUGCAUAAGCUUAGCAGGCUGGCAGCAUUCAAUGCUUCAUAUGGUAUGUAUACCACUGAAGCGGUGAACUUCACAGACACUAAAACAAUAUACGCUCUCGUGCAGUGCACUGCAGACUUGUCUCCAGAUGACUGUAACACAUGCCUUGAAAGAGGAAUAGCAAACUCUUCAACUUGCUGCUCUAAGUGUCGUGGAGCUAGACUUUUUAGUCGUAGUUGCUUCUUAAGGUAUGAGUUCUAUGCGUUUUAUCCGCAUGUGAGUAAAAAUUCAACAGAAAAUCAGAGGAUAUUUGCAAAAAGCAGCAGGUAUUGGAUGAUUGUUGGCCUUGCAAUUGGAUCAGCAAUUCUAGUUGUACCACUUGUGGGAUUUUGUGUCUACUGUCCUGUUACAAGGAAUCAAACUAAGACAAGUAAUGAUGCUAUGCAAGUUUCUGGCCAAGAAGUUCAAUUACAUGAAAUUGGGGACCCCAACAAGACAGAUGCACAUCAUCAGAAUUUGCAAGCAAGGGACAACUUGAAUUCUCGGAAUUUCCCAUUCAUUGAUUUGGUGACCCUAGGUGCAGCUACAGAUAACUUCUCGGCUUCAAAUAAGCUUGGACAAGGUGGUUUUGGUCCUGUUUACAAGGGUCAAUUACUUGAUGGGAGGAAAGUUGCAGUGAAGAGGCCCUCAAGUUGUUCAGAGCAAGGUUUAGAUGAAUUCACCAAUGAAGUUUUAUUAAAAUUUUGA